AUGGUCGCCACCAUCUCUUCCUCAAGGAGGACAUCUCCCUCCCUAGCCUUGCUCCUAGGUCUUCUACUUUAUGUCCUUGGCGUAGUAGCAGAGGAUCCGGUUGCUUUCUACAAGUCGAGACCUGAUAUCUAUCCUCCGAUCUUCAAAAUUCAACAUGUCGACACUGAGAAGCUGAGCCCUGGCUAUAUAUUUAUCACUCCUUAUGAGGCUCAGAACCCCGGCCCUUACAUCUUCGAUAACCAAGGAGAGCUAGUAUGGAGCGGCUGGGGUGUAUCUGGACCGGGUAAUGCCCACGGAAUCCAUGUAUGUAAAUAUAAGGGUGCAGACCACCUGUGCUUCUUCCAAGGAAAUCAACAGAAGGGAUACUGUCGCGGACAUGGCAUUAUCAUGGAUAACACAUACCGCAUUGUGCGAUCCGUCCAACCCGGCGGCGGAAUGGCAUCCAGUGAUAUGCACGAAUUUAUGCCAAUCAACGAUGGCAAAACCGCCCUUAUGACCGUCUACCAACAGCGCCAGUUCGAUAUGACGCCCUGGAACAUCAAAACCGGAGUCGGGUGGCUAAUGGAGAGUGUAUUCCAAGAGGUGGAUGUUGCGACGAGCAAAGUGAUAUUCGAAUGGCGGUCUCUGGAUCAUGUCGACCCCUCCAACAGCUACACCUGGCCCGCGCAUACCGAUACCUCUGGAACCGGACUGAACGUUCACGAACCUUGGGAUUAUUUCCAUAUCAACUCGAUCGAUAAGAACUCGGAUGGCGAUUACCUCGUCUCGUCUCGUCACACUUGCGCGAUCUAUAAGAUUUCCGGAAAGGACGGCUCCGUUGUUUGGCGACUACACGGUUCGAAUCCGUCAUUCCGCAAUAUCAACUUCAGCUUCUCCCAGCAGCACGAUGCGCGCUGGUUGUUCGAGAAUGGCACACACUCCGUCGUCUCAUUAUACAACAAUGGCUACAACGGAUUUAAUCGCACCCAUGCCUAUUCCGCUGGUAUGAUCAUUCUCAUCGAUCAUGUCGAUAAUACCGCUCUCCAGAUUCGCGACUACAAGCCUUACGUACACGACUUAAUUAGCUCCAGCCAGGGUAAUCUCCAGCGCUUGCCGAACAAGAACGUUUUCAUGGGAUGGGGUAACAACCGCUAUGUCUCUGAACACGACGAAGAGGGCAACAUCGUUCUCUGGGCUGAGUUUGCGGCGGGCCCCGUCAUGAAUUACCGCGCAAUGAAGUUCGAUUGGGAAGGUAACCCUACCGAUUCUCCUGCUAUGUGGACCUACUCUCGUACAGCGGAUCCGUUUUCGCCGACGACCAUGUACGUGAGUUGGAACGGUGCCACACGAGUCAAGGCAUGGCGGUUCUUCGGUUCGGCAAAUAUGACAGGGCCGUGGACUCCCUUGGCUGAGACCAAUAAGACCGGCUUUGAGACCGAGUAUACCAACACUAGCUUCUAUCCUUGGACUCGAGCCGAGGCUCUUGACCUCAAUGGUGUUGUGCUAGGUCGAUCCGAGAUCAAGUAUACAUUCGUACCUUCGCCCGAGCUACGUGAAUUCUGUCAAGAUGAAACUUGCUCUGAUGCCCCCGGAUUUGGCUUUCCCGGCGAGGAACGUGCUGAACCGUUUAUCCCACUUGCGGGUGUUAAUACUGUGCCAUGGGUAGACCCUGACCAUGAUGGAGCUAUCUGGACAUUCCCCUCUGAGUCUGGCUAUCCUUCAAUGACCGGCCCGACCACUCACAAGAGCUGGACCUCUGAACCUUUGUAUCUCUGGGGUGGCAUUAUAAUACUAUCAUUACCACUUCUCGGCGGAGCCUAUUAUGGCUACCGCUCCUAUCAGCGACGCCAGCGGCUGGAUCCGUUGGAUGAUCACGAGUCAGCUGAGCCGUUGAACGGUAUGGCUGAGCGUAAAGCUCCGAUUCAGUCCAACGAUCUCCCCUGGUGGAAUUGGAAGCGAUGGACUGGGGGAGAUUAUUUCUCACUUGCGGAUCGCAGUCCACCACAUCGGAGACAGCGAACCGAGUAA